AUGCCAAAACCAAGACGAAAGGACAAGGGAAAGGCGAGCGAGAAGCCAGCGGGAGACACUACGAGCGGAGAGGAAGACUCAGACUCUUCCCUUGUUGACAUUCUCCUAGAGUUAAAGAGCUUCCGCGCAGAAACCUCCAAAAACUUCUCAGAAAUCAAGAAGGAAAUUUAUGAAAUCAAAGAGGAUGUGAAGCAACUAAAAGCACGAGUGGGCACUGCGGAGGAGAGGAUUGCAGAAAAUCAAAGCCGUAACAUUGAAAUGACCCAAGUGCUCAUUCAAGUUUUGCGCAAACAAAAGCUGCUGGAAGAAAAGUGCGAUGACAUUGAAAGCCGCUCCAGAAGGAAAAAUCUGCACGUCUACUCCGUUCCAGAGAAGGCAGAGGGGAACACGGACGGGAAGAUUAAAGUGUUUGAGAGUCCUGAAGCAGCAGAAGGACUGCAGGAGUUCGGCAUUGCUAUGGAAUGUCCCACCAAAGAGCUGGAUUUGGAGUCUAUUCUUCAAGCGGCUGGCUGGCAGUCGCCUCGUAGCAAAAGCAGAACCGGGCACAUAGACAACCUGAUGCCCAGCCUGAAGAAACUGCUUCAACCAACUUCAGCAUCACAAAGCACAACCUGA